AAAAAAAAGAGAAACAACAAGGGCAGCGACGUCAGGUAGCGAGUUGGCUAAGUGUAAAAUUCGAGGUUUUAUGAAACUGUACGAGAAGAAGAUCUUAGUGCAUAUUUCUAAAAGUUUGGCUUGAAUGUCAGUCCUAAAGCGAGCCAUGGAGGAAAUCUGAUAAUGGACCGGAUCAGUAAUGUAAGUUUCCACCGAUUUGUACAUACGUUUUGCUUGAACAUGUGAAGCAGUGCUUAGGAACAACAAUUCCAAAUUGUUCUGUGCUUUCCCUGAGCCAGAUGUUUAUUGAUCCUCUUGGAGAUUAGUGGACUGUGUGACGGGUAAUGACGGACCCCUGAGUCCCUCUUUGUUUCGGCUUCUUGAGAAUGACCGACGUCAUGGCUGAUCCAGAAGACUUGAGCACUUGUCCAGACCACGGAUCAGCGAAUGUGGACAUAUCUAAGGAGCAUGUUCCAAAUCUGUCAGAGGAAGUGGAAACAUCUCAGGAGGUGCAGGAGGAUUCGAACUCUGAGUGCUACGGCGCAAAACAGCAAGAGGAAGAGAGCGGAUAUGCGAGAAUCAAUGGGGGUACAGAUCAGCUGGAGGAGGAGGAGGUGUUUGAUGAAGCAGACGAUGAAAAAGACGGUUGUAGGAACACUGUUGUGUCUGGAUCUCGGGGGAAGAAAGGAAAGUCGAGGAAAAGCGGCUCAGGUGAUCAGUUUUCAUCCUGGAUGUCGCCUUCGUCCUUUUCCUCUUCGUCUGGAGCAAGCAGACACAAGCAGAUUCGGCGGAGGAAUCACCACCAUCAUAACCAGAGCCGCCUGAGAAGACAAACUGGCUUCCAGGUCCUGGCCGCGUUCCGAGAUUUCCUGUCAGAAUCCGUCAGCCCGUGGAGUAUCUCCUGCAUCCAUAUGGUAGUGGACCUGAUCGUGUCUCUGACCCACCACUGUGGUGUUGUUGUCGAAUCCGGAGCGAUUGCACUUUAUGACCUUGGCGCCUUCAUGCUCUUUAAGGUCACAGACAUCCCGGGAAUGAAGCAGGAUUUGAGACGAAUUGUGGAACGGACCCGGAGUUCAGGUACCGCUCUGGCGGGCUGGGUUUACAGAACCACGAGCUCUGCACGUCGUGCGGUAGUUUCUGCUUUCAGCCUCUUUACUAGCGUGAUGUUCUUAAGCGCCGUGGUGCUGAGGAGCGUUGUGGAGAGGCUGGGUGGAGACCGAGGCAGGCGAUGGUGGCUCAGACUUCAGAGCUGCUGGAUAAUGAAGAAAGGAGUUGCACUUACAGAAAGGAUUAUAGGUUGGCUUUGGAAACGCAGCUCCACACACGCGACGGUGAAUCCAGAGUCUCCAUCCAGGAUGGAGCGGAGUCAGCCUGGACAGGAGCUUGAGAGACUGCUGGCUUUGGCACAGAUUCCUGAAGAUGAGCUGGACCCUUUUAACGUACUGGGUGUGAACACACACGCCACAGAGUUGGAGCUGAAGAGGGCCUAUAGACAGCUGGCUGUACAGGUCCAUCCAGACAAAAACAAACACCCUCGAGCCGGCGAGGCUUUUAAAGUCCUGCGAGCAGCAUGGGACAUCGUGAGCAACCCAGAGACUCGGCGCGAGUAUGAGCUGAAGCGGAUGGCAGCGUCAGAGCUCUCCAAGUCGAUGAACGAGUUCCUGACGAAGCUGCAGGAUGACCUGAAGGAGGCCAUGAACACCAUGAUGUGCACCAAGUGUGAGGGCAAACACAAGAGGUUUGAGAUGGACCGUGAGCCACAUGAAGCGCGUUUCUGUGCUGAGUGUAGUAAACGGCACGGUGCUGAGGAGGGUGACCUGUGGGCCGAGUCCAGCAUGCUCGGGCUGAAGAUCACCUACUUCGCCUUUAUGGACGGCAAAGUCUAUGACAUCACUGAAUGGGCGGGUUGUCAGAGAAUAGGAAUCUCCCCCGACACACACCGCGUCCCCUAUCACAUCUCUUUUGGUUCCAAGAGUAACAGCAACUCAGGCCGGCACAGAUCUCCCUCAGGCCAUACCCCAACUCCAGGCUCUCCUUCCGACCUGCACGAUUUCUUCACCCGUAUUUUCCAGGGGGCGCCGGGCAGCGAUGCCUCGUCAAACGGUGGAUUUUUCUCACCAGGACCAACCCCAAAUCACCCCAGUGGGGCUGGCCCGGGACCGCCUCCUCAGUCCAGCUUUUUUACCCAGCGAGGAGAGACGAGCGAAAGCUGGAGCGAGGGCGCUAAAGGACAACGCAGGAGAAAGAAAGCACGUAAGCCUUUUCAGCGCUGAGCGCCGGCACUAUGAGCUGCGACGCCCACAGAGGAGAACAUCGGACUGCGGUGGCACCUGCGUUCUGUUCUCGACAGACAACACACAGGUCGAGGGAAAGAACGGAGGGGUCUGUGAUUGCGCGCGAGAUCGUCUCCGUGCCAACAGGAACUCGGAGAAGAUGAUGGUUAGCAGAAGAAAAUUAAACAAUAUCAAAGUGGGUUUUUUUGUUUGUUUGUUUUUUUACUGGGAGUCCAUCCAUGCAGAAAAAAAUCACUCAUGGCUUUUUUUUUUUUGUUGUUUGUUUGUUUGUUUAUUUUGCUGUCCGUCAUGCUAGUAGACAAUAGCAUGGUUUUCUCAUUGAAUUUUUUAUUAUGAUUAUUCUUAACAAUCGGCCAUGAAGACACCUCAGGGAUGAUCAGAUGGUUGGCAAGGGCGGGACGCCACACACAGCUUAUAAUAUCACCGUAAUGAUCGUCCAUAGUCUUUCAGGUUCAUUUAUACUUGAAUUUAUUUUGUGAUAGCUGUCAUAUUUUGUCCGAGUUUUGCCUCGUAUUGGAAGCAGAGGUUAGAUGUAAGGUGCAAAGAAAUGUCCUAAAGCCUCUGUGAGGACCGAUUUAUUAUUGGGUUAUAAAUACCAAUAAGUUUUUAGGAAAAAGAAAUCCACAAUUUCUUACUUGCUGUAAAUGUAGUCAAUCAGCCAAGCCAUGUGAUGGUGUGUGAAAUUUGUAUCUUUAUUCAGUGCCCACACAAACAGGCCACAAACUUAUCACUUGACUAACACUUGACCUUUGACUCUAAUGAAAGCGCCAUAAAAGCGGGAAAUUAAUAUUUAAUUAAAAUUAAUUAACGAGGAUUGAGCCUUUUUGUGCCAUGGAUCGAUUACAAAGACUAAAUGUACAAAGGGAUUAGAUAAUGAACAACAGAUUAAAAUAAAAGUCACUGUUCCAACCAGUUUUAUUUAAAAUUGAAAAUAUUAAAAAUAUUUCUAACUUUUAUUUCAGUUAUUGAAACCUCAGUAACUUAAACAGCAGUAUCUACAACACGCUGUUCUUACUUGAAUCUGGCCUACCUUUACACCUAGGUGGUGUUGUUAAAUUUUCCCCUUAGUAUAAAAGCCGUACAGAGAAUCUCAGGAGCACGGGUUUGCAGAUGGAAUGUGAAUAAGGUAAAGAUGCCAGAGAGAGGAGCCAUGCCCUCUUGGGUCAGGUCCAUCACAGGUCCACGUCACCUGUUAGCCACGCUCAAGUUCCAUCCUGUUUUUGGUUCCUGAUUCGUAUGUAUGGUAUGUAAAACAGAUCAGCUGAUAUGCCAUGCUCACAAAAGACUAACACAAGGUUAAUUUAAACUACUCCAAAAAGUAGUGCAAGUCUGUUUCCGCUUUAUCUUACAUGAGUGAGAACUGGAAACGGUGCUGAAUACAAAGACUAACUAGAGCUGGAGUGUUGUUUUGUGUACUAGAGCAUGUUGUUGGCUGAAGAAAGUGAAACGUCAUCAAAACUGGACUCGUCUUGGCUGAAUGACUGUGUUUAGGUGAAAAGGGACAUUGUGGACGUUUUUUUUUCUUCUUCUUUUUCCUUUUUUGGCCCAAACCACUUAGAAAACUGCAUCAUGAUUAUCUGCACAUUUACACACACAUUUAAACUCUUAACAAACCCAAAAAAAACAUGCACAUGGCACAAUUUAAAAAACAAUUAAGCUUUGACAGAGAGAGUAAAUAUGCACAGAAAUGUCAUGUGAUUAAAUGCAUUUAAGUGCAAACAAAAUUAUUUCCAUCGUUUACAAACACACACACUUACAUAUUCUCCAAAGCUGUCAGUGAUGUUAAUGCAUCCUGAGAGAGAAGAGAAGGAAAAAACACAAACAUGAUCCUCGCACCGAGUCUCAUUAGACAGUGACAUUGGAGUCUCUUUUUCUCACACACGCACACACACAAUCCACGCUCUAACAGGGCAUGUGACUUUGUUUUAAUACUGUGAUGCAUUGUGCGGAAGCUGUCUCCAGAUUGAUUAGCCUUAAGCAAAUGAAGCAAAUCUUUUUGUCUAUGAGACACACACACACACACACACAAUAUGUAUAUUUUGUUCCUCUGCAUCUUUGCAUUUUUGUCUGCUGGAGAUUCAUCGCGUCCUGAUGCCCAGAUACACUAUACAUAUACAUAUAAAUAUCACUGAAAAUGUUGGUAUUGAAGUCACCUUUAUAUUCUUGGCACUACCCCUGCAGCGUACAGACCAAGCGAUCUAAACAGCAUAAGUUUCAUAUGGAGUUUAAGAAAGCUUUUAAAACAAAUGGCUGGUGGUUAUGACGUCACAAUGUUAAGCUCCGCCUUCACUGAUGCAUUAACGCCUGUCAUGGUGGUACAGUAUUGUGCGAAUCGAAUGCAUCUGAGGAUACGGAUGGAAAGUCAUAAUAUUUGCACGUGUUUAAUCCCGACUCUGGGGCUGAUUAUCGUCCAGGUUUUUUUUUUUUUUUGCUUGGCUGUCGAGUUGUAGCUGGAUUUUUUUUAAAUCUUUGACAUUGCACAGUGUUUGUAAAAAAAUUUUUUUUAAUUAAUAUGAAAGUCAAUUCAUUUCAUAUAAAGUUUAAUUUGCUCUGACGGCAGUAUGUGUGAACACUUUACUUUAUAUCAGUGUGUACGCGGCGCUCCUGAUCGAGCCGCUCUGUACCCGGACCCCGGGACGCCCCAGAACAAUAAGUGAAUUAAACCCAUAUGCAAAAAGAUUUAUAGAAUUAUAAAAAAAAAAAAAAACACUCAGACAAUCAUUAUAGUAAUAAUAAUAAUAAAUCAAUGGUGCAGGACACUUUUGGAGUCUUGAAGGUUUAUUUCAUCCGGUUGCCAUGCUGCUUCUU